AUGCUGCCACUCAGCCCCAUUAUAAUCGCCACGCCUCAAUCGUCCUGUCUAUCACUUUCCCUGCUCCUCGACUCCAUGGCUCCCCGCCCUCGCUACACCGGCACGCAACGCAAGCUCAUCCUUGGAAUCGACCUCGGCACGACUUAUUCUGGCAUUUCAUACUGCCUUCUUGAGCCGAAUCAUGUUCCCAAGAUCCUCCCUGUGACGAGAUUCCCUCCGCAGGGCCGCGCUGCUGGGGACUCCAAAGUGCCCUCAGUCGUUUGGUACGACCGAGAAGGAAAGCCAAGAGCGCUUGGUGCGCAAACUCUUGACGAGAACGUCCGGCGGCUGGCGCAGCAAGAAGGAUGGGAGAAAGCCGUUUGGUUCAAGCUUGCUAUGCGUCCCGAAUCGAUCACUGUCUCGCGCCCGGGCGGCGACGUUCCCCCGCUUCCCACAGACAAGACUCCGCUGGUCGUCUUCGCGGACUUCCUCCGGUACCUCCAUGGAUGUGCGCGCGCCUUUAUCAGCCAGACAUAUCCAAACGGCGAGACUCUUUGGGCCAGCCUCGAGGGCGAGACUGACUUUGUCCUGACGCACCCGAAUGGCUGGGUUGGCGACCAGCAGGAGCGGAUGCGUCGGGCCGCCGUUAUGGCCGAGCUUAUUCCUGAUACUCUGGCCGGGCGGCAGCGUGUCCAUUUCGUGACCGAGGGCGAGGCGAGCUUGAACUUCUGCAUACUGAAUGGUUUGGCGCGCGAACCGCUGAAUGCUGGGGAAGGUGUUAUCAUUGUCGAUGCUGGGGGAGGAACUGUGGACAUCAGCGCUUACCGUGCGGUAGUUCCAGGACGAUUGGACUCCUUCGAAGAGAUUUCUCCGUCUGAAUGUUUGAUGGAUGGAUCAGUCUUCGUAAAACGAGACGCAGAAAAGUACCUCUUCACGAUCUUGGGCAACUCUGUCUUCCGCACAGACAUACCACUUAUCGCUGAAGCCUUUGAUGAAGGCGCAAAGCUCACGUUCCGAGAUCCAAGCGAAUUCUCCUAUGUCAAGUUUGGUGGCUUGCGCGACCAUGAUCCCGAUGUGAACAUCGAAAACGGCAGCCUGCGAUUGCCGGGAGAUGUCGUCGCCACCUUCUUCCAGCCCUCGAUCGACGAGAUCUUCGAGGCCGUCAAAAGACAGUGCUCUAAUUCUAGCAAGCCAAUCAAGAGCGUUUUUAUGACUGGCGGCUUUUCUGCGAACGAAUAUCUAUACUCAGAGCUACGGGCACGGCUAGCAGAAAUCGACCUCCAUGUUUCACGUCCCGAUUCCCAUGUCAACAAGGCGGUAUCUGACGGAGCCGUCUCGUUCUUCCUCGACCACUUCGUGUCUGCAAGAAUUGCCAAAGAGACAUACGGUGUCGAGUACAACAGCCGCUACGACCUCGACAACGAGGAGCACAAGUCGCGGGAAUCGACGGUGUUCUGGUCAAUUGCAGGCGAUCUGCGCAUUGGGAAGCAAUUCGCCGCCAUUGUCCGCAAGGUCAGUCGGCUCAAUACCUUGCUCUUCAAGUACUGCUCUGACUUUCCUGUCAUGUAUCAGAAUACUCGAGUGGAAGCCGAGACUGAGUUCCGCGACUCGUUUGUCCGCUGGAGCAAGUCCAAGAGCGACGUCGAGGAGAUGGACGUGCGCAUUCUGCGCUACCAUGGCAGCAACGACGACCCACACUGGAUGGACACCGACCCCACCCAUUACAGCAGCAUGUGCAUUGUGCGCGCCGACACCUCCGUGCUGGUGAACUCUUUGGUCGCAAAGCCCGCGCUCAGCGGGGCGUACUAUGAGCUGGGUUUUGACGUGGUGUUGUCUCUCGGCCUGACGGAGCUCAAGGCGCAGAUUGCGUGGAAAGAAGAGGGUAUUGAACAAAGAGGGCCAGCUGAAAUUUUGUACGAGCCAGCGGCGAUUUCCGCCGCAAGCAAGUAG